UUGGCUUCGAUCCCUACGCCCGUGCCCUACUCACUUCGCGAUACGGCUUCCGCCCUACGCCGCCCGAUCUUAUCACGCCGUGGCUGUCCGUCGCUCCGGGAAUCCUCCUCGCGUCUGUCGCCGUUUCGAUCCCACCUCCGCUUGGACUCUCGGAGCUGAUCCCGAACUUUAUCCUUCUUUUGUUACUUGUUCGGUGGGGAAUUUGUGUACGGAAAGAUGAGAUGCAGAUCAUUUAGGCAAUGGGAGCUCGGGUUCCUUCUUCUCUAUGCCGCUGCCUUUUAUGCCAUAGUCAUUGACCGAUCUUUGCAUCUUUCCAACGAUCACUACGAGAAACUUAGAGGUUUACGCCCUGGUUGGAUAUCUGGUCGUUUAAAUGAUAUCUCUGACGCACAAUGGAGAAAUUUUCGUGAAAACUUGCCUAUUCUUACUGUUGUUUUGGGGUUCUUUACAAUUGUGGCAAACAUCUUAAGGUAUUGGUACAACUUAAAAGGGAGAGGGAUGUCUUUUAUAUGGAUCUUGACAUCAUUGAGUUAUUUAUCAUAUUUACAUGGAGCAUGUGUUGGGUAUAUUAUUUCAAUUGCUUCACUGAACUUUUUCAUGGCGAAGGUCUUUGCUUGUUCCAAGUAUUAUUUAGGCAUGCUUUGGGUAUUUAAUUUAGCUAUCCUCAUAGUCAAUCGUAUCUUUGAAGGCUACUCAUUUUCCUUGUUUGGGCAACAGUUAGCAUUUCUGGACAACUACAGAGGUACAUUUAGGUGGCAUAUAUGUUUCAAUCUAGUUAUCCUACGCAUGAUCAGCUAUGGAUGUGACUAUCAUUGGUCAUACAAAAAGCCCCUUUUUGAUCAAAAGAAACAUAUGCAACGUUGUAAUAUAUGCUCUUCUGGCAAGACAUGUUACUUUUCUCUACAGGAGAGAAGCAUUCAUGGAGACAAGUACUCAUUUAGUAUGUACUUGUGUUAUUUGAUAUAUGCACCACUUUAUAUUGCUGGACCAAUUGUAAGCUUCAAUGCAUUUGCUACACAGAUGGACAUGCCUCAGAAAAACUAUUCACUCGGACAAAUAAUUCGAUAUGGACUGAAAUGGAUUCUUAAUCUUCUUCUUAUGGAAGCAAUGACACAUUUCUUCUACUACAAUGCUUUUGCAGUUAGUGGAUCAUGGAGGCACUUAUCCCCAUUGGAGAUUCUCAUCAUCGGUUAUGGGGUGUUAAACUUUAUGUGGUUGAAAUUCUUUCUGAUUUGGCGUUAUUUUACAUUCUGGUCACUGAUGACAGGCAUUGAGACUCCGGAAAAUAUGCCUAGGUGUAUCAACAAUUGUUAUGAUUUGGAGACCUUCUGGAAAAGCUGGCAUGCAUCAUUCAACAAAUGGCUUGUCAGGUACAUGUAUAUUCCGCUCGGUGGUUCUCAGAGAAAGCUACUCAAUGUGUGGGUUAUUUUUACAUUUGUAGCAGUCUGGCAUGACCUGGAGUGGAAACUUCUUUCUUGGGCAUGGUUAACAUGUAUAUUUUUUGCUCCUGAGAUAUUGAUCAAAUCAUGCAGCAACGCUGUUCAGGUAAGAAGUGCUUUUGGGAUGUGCAUGCAACGUGAACUAAGUGCUAUUGCAGGUGCUGUGACAAUAUCAUGCCUUAUGGUAGCAAAUCUUGCUGGCUUUGUUAUGGGACCAUCAGGAAUAAAAUGGCUGAUUUCUCGGUUGCUUCACAAAGAUGGUUUACCUAUUCUAGCGGGCACAUUCACAACUUUUUAUGUCGGAACUAAGCUAAUGUUUCAUAUCCGUGAUGCCAAAAAAUGCAACCAGCUGAAGGAUCACUGAGACUUGAGCUUUUCCACCGGUUGAGGAAACUACGAAACCUCACUCUGGUUCAUCCUUUUUUUAAUUUUCCUAACAUCUCAUUGGCAAAGACUAGAAGCAAAUGGAGAUGUUAAGUAGGCAUUCUCAAGGCAAGUAAUUUCAGGAACAAGAUCUCAUAAGCCUGACACUAAGCUUACAAACUUUGCAGAGUUCUACUGCUGGGGACUAAACAAGACGCGACAACUGGUCUACUCUGUAAAUUUUUUUACUCCAACUGCGUUCAGAUUCCUUUAUGUAAUUUUUGUUAAAAAUAUUCAUCAAGAGUGAUAAAAAGAGAAGAUAAUCUCAUGUCAUCAGGGAUUGAAAGAGUCGAAUUAUAUAAACUGGAUUUGGUCUUAUAACCUAAAAGUUAAGCUUUUUCUUGUUGAA